UCUAUUCCGCAGCAAAUAAACAGUAAGGAAUAAUCUUUACUUAAGCUUCUACUUUCUUUUCUUUAUUAAAGAAACAAAUUAAAGCAAAUCCCCUUAAACUCCUACUUUUUGAAUUCAAAAAACAAAACCAAAAAAAAAACCCUCCUUCAUAUCCACUUCUACAUAAACCACAUCUUCUUGCAAAAACUAAUGCUAGCUUCUUACUUUAGCUUAGCUUCUUCACAUCACAUUCCAUCAUUUCUCUAGCUUUACUCUUCUCCACCCCUUUAAAAACCUCCAAAUUCACCCUUCUUUCGACAUAAUUAAGCUCGAAAACUCGAAUUUUUUUGUACAAAAUGUCAACCUCCUUUCAAGCUCUACCAAACCAAGGACCACCCCAACAAGGGAUGAUCUACCCAACAACACCAGCAACAACAACAAACCCUUCUACGAGCAACGUUCGAAACACCUCAGACGAUCACUCUAGUGGAUCAUUUGGGAUGGUUUUCGUUGUACUAGCAAUCAUAUUAAUAGUUUCUGCUGUUGCUUGUGUUCUAGGGCGUUUUUGUAGUAAGAAAUCUCAAAAGUCAUCCAAAACUCACCAAGGUAGUACUAGUAAGGCACAUAAACAAAGCCAUGGCGAUAAACACAACCGCAACAACAACCACCCUGUUGAUUAUAAUCACAACCACAUGAAACAUCAUCAAGCACCUAACAAUAAGAACAAUAAUCAUCCCAAGCAUGGUGGCCGGCCUAAAGACCGAGACCUCGAGUUCGGAUACCGGUCUAGAGAAGGCGAUAUCACACUUGGGUUUGAGCCUAAGACAAGGAUGAAUAAUCCUACUGCUAAAGUUGCUAAUAAUAAUGGAGAUUUUAGAGUUGAUAGCAUGGGAAGAGGUCAUCAUGGAGAUGUUAGAGUUGAUAGCAUGGGAAGAGGUAAUCAUGGAGAUUUUAGAGUUGAUAGCAUGGGAAGAGGUAUGGAGUCUCAUCAUCAUGGAAACCCUAGAGAUUUUCCUUAAUUAUUAUGGAUUAUAAACAUUGAAGAUCUCCUUCAUAAACAUCUUAUUUAUCUCUGUAAUUUUUUCUUUUGAUUAGCUAGAUUAUGGUGCUUGGGAGUGAAAAAUUUGUAAUGGUAUAUUUUUAUAUGACAAAGAUUGUCAUCUGAAGUAAGUGAUAGUAAUUAAUU